AUGAGGCGCCGGGAGAGCCCUUCGCGCGGCGCCGGCAGCUCCCGCCCGGGCGGGAAGAAGGCACACAAGUUGGCCGCCGCAGCAACUCCUCUCCCGGCGGGUCUAUUCGGGCCGGCGGCCGCGGCGGGGCAUCCGAAAUCCCUCCAGGGCGACCGCGGGCGCAGGGGCGCCGGCUCCUCGCUGCUGCUUCCCCGAGCCGGCGGCGGCGGCGGCGGCGCUGGGCGCGUGGACGAGCCGCUCUCCCCUCCUCCUCCUCCUCCUUCUCCUCCUCCUCCUCCUCCUCUCGCUGCCCCUCGCUCCGCUGCUGCUCGGUGCGGCGCCGCUGGCCGAGCGGGUCCUGGGGGCACGUCCCUCCGGCUGCUCCGGGCUCCGCGGCCGGCUCUGCCCGGCGGACUCCAGCGGCGGCGGCGGCGGCGGCGUCCGCGCACGUUGGCACCGGUUUGUCUGUCUCGCUGGGUCCAAGCCUUUAAAUUUCCUGCACUUUCAGCUCCAUCACCAUGGAAACCACGGACUCUCUCGGCGUUGCCCCCUCCCCCUGCUCCCCCCCCAACAACAACCCCACCCCCCACUCCUCCACCCCCGCCGAGGAGCCGGAGCGGCACAGGCUCCCGGGGAAGCCGCCUGCACUCGCGUCGGCGGCGGCUACGGCAGCGCCCAGGGCUGUGCCCCGCUGGACCGAGAUGUCCCGGGAAGCCGACAGGCCGGCUGCCCGCCCGCCCGAGCUCACAGGCGGCGGCGGCGGCGGCGGCGGCGGCGGCGGCGGCGACGGCGGCGGCGGCGGCGGCGGCGGCGACGGCGGCGGCGGCGGCGGCGGCGGCGGCGCUUGGCAGAAGCAGUUUCUCUCAUGGGAGACGGAUACGGAAGUGA